CUUCAGUGAGGCAAAUAUGUCAUGAAGUCGUAACAUGAAGACAAGACACACUGAGUUUUCUAUUGACGACGAUUCCAGAGACUCUAUAGAUGUUGCCGCAGCAAUUGAGACUAGAAGAUUUACAAGAUCUCGUUCACAAGCACUAACUUCAUCUCCCAGAGUUAUAUUGAGACAGAGAAGGCACCAAAUAGACAGAUAUAUGAGUCCUAGGCUUGUAGUAACAAGAUCAAAGCGCAAGAAAUACAGCAGUUAUCCUGAUAUUGAGUAUGCUGCCGCUAAACGUACCAAACAGAAUAGUAACAACAGCAACCAAGAGAACCACCCGAAUCAAGAGGAGGUACUAGCCCCGCUGAUAACACAGGAGAUAGUCAGGAAACCCCGCCGUACUCUCUCUCCUCCAGGGUGCUCUCCUCGCAGAACACGACGACACCCCAGCAGGCGACACACCACCGCCCUUACCAGACUGAAGAGGGACCUAGGUGAAGGUUACGCAGAAGAAGCUAUCAGAUACACCUCCGACAAGCCGUAUAGUUUGAGACGAGAGAGGCAGAUCGUCAUGAGAUAUGAGGCUCCGGACUUCAGGGAGGUUCAUCACAGAACAUCAUCUGAAGAGGAAGAGGAGGAGGAGGACGAUGAAGAAGACGAAGAUGAAGUUGACGAAGAGGAAGAAGAAGAGGGAGAAGGAGAAGGAGGUGAAGCAGAAGAUCUAGACGAUUCCAGACGAGCCAGCAACAGAAACUACUCCCUCCGCCGCAAACCCCCGAAAGUAGUCCGCUACGAGGACAACAGUUUCAGUGAACACAAACCCCGGGGCAUGUACCACCGGUCUUUCAGUCCGGAACGCUACCACCAGAGGUUCCCCUCACGACGAGGGAGACCCGGCCGUUCGAGAAAGGAUCACACCAUAAGAAGGACCAGACACCAUAGUACCACCAGUGAGUCAGAUAGUGAGACGGAGAAAGAUGAGGUGAAGUUUGAGAAGAGGAAGAAGAAGAGUAUGAACCAGGCUAGAGCGAGGUGUCUGCCCAUGAACCUUACUAUCGAGGAUAUUCAAAAAGGUGUAUACAGAGAAAGACAAAAAGCUGGAGCCAGUAUGGCUGAUAUAGACCCCAUGUCACUAGACAAAUCCACUGACUUCACCUCAGUGGGAGGACUGGACCAGCACAUUCACUCUCUUAGAGAAAUGGUUGUGUUCCCUAUGCUGUAUCCUGAUGUGUUUGAGAAGUUCAACAUUGCACCUCCCCGAGGGGUUAUAUUCUAUGGGAGUCCUGGAACUGGUAAAACUUUGGUAGCAAGGGCGCUGGCAAAUGAGUGUGGUAAGGACGGUCAGAAGAUAUCCUUCUUUAUGAGGAAAGGAGCAGAUUGUCUUAGCAAGUGGGUGGGGGAAAGUGAGAGACAACUUCGACUUCUCUUCGAUCAGGCAUACUCAAUGAGACCGAGUAUCAUAUUCUUUGACGAGAUAGACGGUCUAGCUCCAGUACGUAGCUCACGUCAAGAGCAGAUACACUCCUCUAUUGUCAGCACUCUGUUAGCUUUGAUGGACGGGCUAGAUAGUAGAGGCGAAGUGGUGGUAGUUGGUGCGACUAACAGACUGGAUGCUAUUGAUCCUGCUCUAAGAAGACCCGGCAGAUUCGACAGAGAGUUCCAUUUCCCACUUCCCUCCGCUUCGGCCAGGGCUGAGAUCCUGCGUAUACACACCAACAAGUGGAGCCCCCUCCCUCACCCGGACCUGUUGUCUGUGCUGGCUGAUAGAACUGCUGGCUUCUGUGGGGCUGAUCUCAAGUCGUUGGUUACAGAGAGCGCGCUAGGUGCUCUCAGGAGACGGUAUCCUCAGAUCUACAAAACGAACAAGAGACUGUUACUGGACACUGCCAGUAUAAAAGUUAGAGCCCAGGACUUUUACCAGGCUUUAUUGAAAAUUCAACCUGCUCAAGCUCGCUCAAGUGAAAACACCCACUUGCCUUUACCUCAGCACAUCCGACCCUUGUUAUCAGACACGGUCAUGGACUUAGUCCGCUUUAUCACCAGGGUUAUGCCCUCUGCUAAAGCCAACUGUUCUAGUCUCGGACAUGCUUAUAUCUCUCCAUCAGAGCACAGCACAACAAAGUCACCGUCUUCUCGGGGGAAAGGCUCUCGAUCUAGAGGAAGCGACAAAAAGAAGGAGGCAGUAGAAUUAGUGGCAGGAGAACCUGAAAUUUACAAAGGAGCAUCAGCUAGAAACACGUCUUAUCAGGAUAUCGAUCAGUUCUUCUCUACUCUUGAAUCUUACUAUUCAAAAGUCCCUAGCCACAGACCACGACUCCUAAUAACAUCGCACAACACACUGGUUAUGAGCAGUUUAUUGCACGUGUUCGAGGAAGUGUCACUACACGAGGUAUCACUGACUUCUCUCAACGAUCCUAACUACAGGAGUCUAGAGGAGGCUGCAGCCAGGAUUGUGACGGGAGCUAGAAAGAGAGCGCCCAGUAUCCUGUACAUCCCGUUUAUGGACGUUCUAGAGAGUUCGUGUAACAUAUCAGUGUGUAAUGUGUUACACACACUCCUAUCAGACACACUACCUGGGUGUAACAUGGUGCUGAUAGCUACACUUUCCACCUGUGAUACACUGCAAGAGGGUUCCCUGUUCAGUGAUCUUUUCUCCGAGUCAGAAAGAGUAGAUCUCCGUCCUCCUACCACUGCUAACAUUACCAACUUCUUUACUCCUCUCCUUACCUCCGAGAUAGCCAGAUCUUUCAGCGUCACUUCUCAACAUGAUGAAACCAUUGAGGAAUUAGAGGAAGCGCCACCAGUGAAGCCUAAACCUCUGAGUGAGGAAGAAAUAGCUGCUAUCGAGAAAAGAGAGGCUGCAACGCUAAGAGAGUUACGACUGUUCUUACGUGAUAUGGUCUACAAGUUGAUGAAGGAGAGAAAGUUCUACUGUUUCUGCAAACCUGUCAACUUGGAGGAGGUGUCAGAUUAUUUGGAAGUUGUGAAGAAACCUAUGGAUCUGGAGAAAAUACGUGAGAAGAUUGACUGUAUGGAAUACGACGCUGUCAAGGAGUUUAUCUGUGACGUGGAGCUAAUAGCUGAGAACGCUAUAGAGUACAACCCUGCUGACGACCACACUGGCAGACAAAUCCGUCACAGAGCGGCUGAACUCAAGGACUUCCUUCAUUCAUUACUCGACACUGAACUAGAUGAAGAUUUUGCCACCCUUUGCGAAGAAAUCAAGACUGCUAGAGCUGCACGGGCCGAGCAAAAAGAAACAGAGUCACAACACGGAAGGUCCAGAACUGAGAGCGCUAGGAAUUCAGGACAGUACCGGGGGAGACACAGUGUAUCUGCAGAGGAGGACAGUGAUCAGAUUAACGGCACAACUUCUCACCCUCAGGACUCCCACAGUGCAGAUUUGAUAAUACAGCAGAUAGUGGAACUAUUAAAGACAGCCGACAUGGACCACAUCAUUCGUUUAUACACUCUCAUAUCUCAGAUUGUGAUAAAGAACCGUUCAAACAAGAGCAUGACCAGAGAAACCCUGAUUGCAGAACACAUUGAACCCGUGUUACACUCGUUUUCUCAGACAAUCUCCAGUACUGAACUUAUAUACCAGGGUCCUGGGUAAUGUCACAAUAUCUAAUAAUUCAGUUGAUGAAACUUUGAUGCUAAUUGUUAACAUAAAACUGAUCUUGUUCGGGUAUCGGGUGAACUUUUUGUUAUCCUUGUAAUUGUAAUCUGUCAGCUCAAUUUUUAAAUUUUUGGUUUACUGUACCCUUGACGACGCAUAUUAUAAACGAGUCUCAUGUUUUUAUAUUUAAUUCUUAUUUAAAUUUUUAAGUAUUUUGUCAUAUUUAAGCAAAUCUAUCAAUUACCCGAUUAACCGUACGAUAUCAUUUUGACACUUAACGUAUAUAUACUAAAUAAUAGAAAUAAUUUACAUGGCUUUGCCUUUCAGUUUCAAUAUUAUUAACUGUUUACUAUGAAUUUUAUCCUGUGUAUAAUUAAGGAGCAGGAUUAUAUAAUUAGGAGUAUAUAAUUAGGAGUAUACAAUUAGGAGUAUAUAAUUAGGAGUGGUGCUUUGCAACCUCCUCAAUGUGUAUAAGAUGGAUGUAUUGCUGUAUUGGUAAUAAGAUGCUCUAUGUUAUUGUUUAUAGUAUACAAUUCU